AGAUUUGCACAAGAAAAAAAUAACUCAUAGCAUAAUGGAUUUUUUUGCUCUUCCAUUAUGGUCAUCUCUUCUCAUACUCAUCCCAUUAUUUCUCAUCUUCAGAAGCAAAAAAGAUGCUAAAAAAAACCUACCACCAAGCCCUCCAAAGCUUCCAAUUAUUGGAAACUUGCACCAACUUGGCAGUGAAUUACACCAUUUAUCAUACACAAAAAUGUCCCACAAAUACGGUCCGGUUAUGCUUCUCAAUCUCGGAAAACUAAAAACCGUAGUCAUUUCCUCUGCCGAAGCAGCAAAAGAAGCAUUCAAAGUUCAUGAUCUUGCUUGUUCGAGCCGACCGCUUUUAGACGGUUCCGGUCGUCUCUCAUACAACUACUUCGACGUUGCGUUUGCACCGUACGGUGAACAUUGGAGGAACAUGCGAAAACUGAUCAUUCUUGAGCUUUUUAGCUUGAAAAGAGUUCAAUCUUUUCGACCUAUAAGAGAAUACGAAACCGGAGUGUUGAUGGAGAAAUUAACCGAAGCAGCGGCUACUUCGACUCCGGUAAUUCUAACCGACAUGAUAUUCGCACUUAUAGCGAACGUGACGAUGAAAAUGUCGUUUGGGUUCGAGUAUAGAGGUAGCGAUUUUGAUAAGGCGCAGUUUCAUGAAGUUGUUCAUGGGACAGAAGCAAUAUUAGGAAGCUAUGCUUAUAGUGAACUAAUUCCAGUGAUAGGGUGGUUGCUGGAUCGAAUCGGAGGCAGACAUGCGAAGACGGAACAAGUUUUUCGUGAUUUGGAUAAGUUUUUUCAGCAUAUUCUUGAUGAUCAUAUGAAACCAGGAAGGGAGAGGAGCCAUGAUGAUAUGAUUGAUGUUCUUUUGGGUAUUGAGAAGGAACAAGCUGCUAAAGGUGGUCAAGUCGAAUUCACUAAAGUCAAUAUCAAAGGAGUUCUCAUGAAUCUGUUUGUGGGAGGAGUAGACACAUCAGCAAUUACUCUGAACUGGGCCAUGGCAGAACUGAUGAAGAAUCCAAGAGUGAUGAAGAAAGCACAGGAUGAAGUAAGAAAAGUAGUUGGAAACAAAGGAAGAGUAACAGAAUCUGAACUCAGCCAGCUUCCAUACAUAAACAUGAUCAUAAAAGAAACUUUCAGGAAGCACCCACCAGUCCCACUCCUAAUUCCAAGAGAAACCAUUUCAGACAUCACACUCAAUGGCUACAAGGUUCCUGCCAAGACAAUGCUACAGGUUAACGUAUGGGCGAUCGGACGAGAUCCGAAUAACUUUAAGGAUCCUGAAGAGUUCUACCCCGAAAGAUUUGAAAAAAGCGCGAUCGAUUACAAAGGAAGUCAUUUCGAGUUGUUACCGUUUGGGGCGGGUCGGAGAAUGUGUGUGGGGAUGCAUGUAGGGGAAAUGAACAUUGGGACUGUACUUUCUAAUCUAGUGUAUGGUUUUGAUUGGAAGUUACCUAAUGGGAUGAGUAUUGAAGAUCUUAAUAUGGAUGAAAUGGAUCAUGUGGCUCUUACUGUUACUAAGAAAGUACCUCUUCAGCUUGUGCCUGUUAAGUGGAAUCCAUGAUGAUGAUCACUGCUAGAAGAAGAAGAAGAACUGAGAUGUGAUGAUAUUAACUAUGCAUUUCAAUAAGAGCAUGCAUGUGCAUCUGAUGGAUGUGUACAUGCAUGCAUGCAAUGCAUAUAUGUAUGUUUGUAUUGUUGUUAUUGCUGCUACAUGAUGAUUAUCUAACGUCAUGUAAUGUUUCUUCAAGUAUUUUUGUUGCUUCAGCAAUUUAUCUGUCUUAAUAGCAAUUGAACUUCUAUAAGCAGAAUAAAGCAUUUGCUGUUUUACUUA